AUGGGCAGAAAAAAGAUUUCAAUCACUAAAAUAGAAGACAGACAAUAAAGAAAUAUUACAUUUCAUAAAAGGAAGAUAGGUUUACUAAAGAAGGCAUAUGAAUUGGCUUCUUUGUGUGGUGUUUAAAUUUAUAUGGUUUUCAAUGAUCUAUAGGGAAAUGCCAUUCAUUUUAGAACCGAAGAAUUAAAUUAAAUUGAAAAUAAUGAGAAAAAGCAGUAUUUAUUGACACCAAAGGACUACCCAAAAUUUAUUACUCGUUCUAAGAAUAAAGUGAAUGCUCAGUUAAGAGAUUUGCCAAUAACACCAUUAAAAUUAGUCACAGAUCUAAUGAUAACUGAUGAGCCGUUAAUUUCACGCUAUUCAGCUCUUAGUAGACAAUUUUUCCCAAUUCCUUAACCCAAAACUAAUAAACCUAUAAUUGAUAACACAUGAAUAAUAUUAAUUGAAUUAUAAAUAUAAAUAGCAAGUACAAUAAA